CACCACCUCCUGCGGAUGAAGGAGGUGCAAGUGUUGAGAAGUCUCUGGCUCUGAAUGAAGUUGUACAACAAGAGGGCACGCCACCGGGGACACCACCAGCUGCACCUGAUGAAGGAUCAUCAGGUACAGAGCCACCGCCUGCAGAGGACACUAAGAAGAGACAAGAGGAUGUAAAGAGAGCAACAUCUUCCAAACGGGAGCGCGCCGCUGGUGCCAAGAAAACCAGAGACACAAAGAACGAAAUUUCAUUUCCGGAAGAAGACGUCGCAGCGAGAAAAAGUACUAGGAAAACUAGUCCUGACAAGGAGGAAGGCAAGGCAAUACCGACUUCUCCAUCGAGAACAAGUCGCACCAGUAGUACUUCCACGAAGUCUGGUCUUCCACCUAAAGCAAAUAAGGCGCCCACUCCUCGCGCAUCUUCGUCUUCCUUCUCAACGAAUAAGAACGAAGAGGUUGAAGUAGAUACGUCAAAGAAGACCAACGCACCUAGAGCAUCUUCUCCAUCUUCAUCUGCCAAGAAGAAGACAUCUACAUCUAUAUCUAAUAUCUCACUUGCACCCCCACCUGAAAUGUCUGCUGAUAGCGUCAGGGUCUUAGAGAAGCUAGAAACGAUAGUGAAGCAUCAGGCAGAGGUAGCAAGGAAGUCGAGGCAAUCCACUGGCUCUGGAGGAGGUGUGGUUUCCUUUUCACAGGAUCUCGAGGAUAAAAAAGAAGCGCUGAAAAGAGAAGUACUUCUCGCGCCGUUUUUUGCUAUGCCAAAUUCGUUAAACAACGACGAGACAGAAGAGGAUUUUUUGAGACCAGUAACACCAGGAAGCGAGCC